AUGCUGCAUUGCUGCUUCUUCCUCUGCAUCCUCCUGGCGCUUGGAGCAGCCGCCAAGACAAUAGCUGCCGUCUCCGAAGCCGAGCAAGAUCAUGGAAGCCAGCAUCUCGAACGUCGAGCGCGACAAAAAGCUCGUCCGUCUUCCACAGCCACAUCCAACGUCGCCCCCAAAGAGUCCAUCAACAGAUCCAACGUCGCUCCCAAAAAGUCCAUCAACAGAUGCAACAUCGCUCCCAAAGAGUCCAUCAACAGAUGCAACGUCGGUCCCCACGACUCCACCGUCAGAUCCGAGCGCGCCCUUGCAAUCUUCUUCAUCGCCAAGACCUUACCAUUGGCUAGAAUCUUCUUCUCAGGAUUCGACAGCCUCCCACCACUCUGA